AAAUAACAGAUAAAGAGGUAAUUUGUGAUAUUCGUAUCCAGUAAGGCCUACCAUAACAGUUUAUAAAUUAAAUUCUUCUUUUUUAUCUCUCUCCAAAAAACAAGCCGGCAAAUUUAGAACAAAAAUAUAUUAAGAUUAAAAUUUUAAAAUUUAAAGUGUUUGUACGCAGUUAAUAAAGUACACAAUAACAAAUAAAAAUUACAAACAUUUGCUUGUUAUUUUAGUAGUCACAUACAAUAACAACCUUUUUUAGUAUUUUACACUCUAGGUUUUACGAAGUCUAGUGUUUCUAUUCAGUUUUCUUUUGAAAGUCAAAAGGGAAGGAAGUUUAAAAUUGUUCUGUGAAAAUAUGAAUCCGAUUUAUAGAAAAUGUCAUCGAAUUUCCUUCGUGAAUUAUUUUAGAAAUACAUCAACAAUGCCAUUAAAAAAUGACAUAGUGUCUCAUCAUGUCAUAAAAAAUGCAAAAAAGUUCGUUGACAUUCCGCGUAUGAAACGAUGGGAAAUAGUUUUAAGAUUCCUUCCAAAAGGAAAAUACUAUGGAUUAGGAUUAAAUGAAAUGCAUAGAAUGAUCAAUGAAGAGUAUGGGAAUAUAGUUAAAAUGCCAUCGUUAUUUGGAAAACCAGAAAUGAUAUUUUCUUACAACGAUAGUGAUAACGAAACCAUUUUAAGGAAUGAAAGCAAAAAGCCAUACAGAUAUUCGUUUGAACCAAUGAAAUAUUUUCGAGAAAAAAUACGACCUGAUGUCUACGGAGGAGAAUAUGGAAGCAUUGCUUCUGAGCAUGGUGACAGAUGGUAUAAAAUCAGAACACUCGUAAACCCAGUAAUGUUACAACCAAAAAUGGUUCAACGGUAUACAGCAUCAAUAAAUGACAUUACAUUAGAUUUCAUUAAUUACAUACUUACAAGAGAUAUUAGUAAUCAAAUGUCAAAUCGAGAUUUAAAUUUAUGGAGUCUGGAAAGCAUUGCGAAUAUAACUUUGGAUAGACGUCUUGGAUUAUUUAACAACAAUACUAAUGGGGAUGUGGCUGCAGAAAAAAUGAUAGACCUGAUUCGAAGGUUUUUCAUUAUGUGCGUAGACUUUGAAGUUUCACCUUCAAUUUGGAAAUAUUAUCACACAAAAGCUUUUAAAGAAUAUAUAAAUGUCAACAAUGACUUACUUAAUAUUGUUAUGAACUAUAUAGAAGCCACAAUAGAGGAGACAAGAGAAAAUAAAGCAGGAAAAGUAGAAAAUGUAAAUGGAAUUUUCCAACAACUUCUGAAGAUUGAUAAACGUGUUGCAAUCAUUAUGGCAGUUGAUUCAAUGAUAGCUGGAAUUGAUACUACUGCAUCUGCGAUCACCGGCAUCCUUUAUUGUCUUGCUAAAAAUCCCGAGAAGCAAGAAAAAUUACGAGAGGAAAUUUUAAAAACAAUUUUAACUUCCGAAUUAAAUGCCAAAUCACUUUCGAAUCUUCCUUAUUUAAGAGCAUGUAUUAAAGAAGGAAUGCGCUUGUAUCCACCAGUAUCAGGAACAUCGCGAAAAACAGAUGUUGACUUAACACUUUCUAAUUACUUUAUUCCCAAAGGAACCUAUGUUGUUACUUGGCCACAGCUGUUUUAUCGUCUAGAAAACAUUUUCCCACAUUCAAAUAAAUAUUUGCCUGAACGAUGGAUUAAGUCAAAGGAACAAAAAUGUCCUCAAUUAAACCAAUCAACGAAAUUUCAUUUCUUACCUUUUGGCCAUGGUGUUCGUUCGUGUGUUGGUAGAAGAUUUGCAAAUAUAGAGAUGGAAAUUUUGUUAAUAAAUUUAUUAAGACGCUUCAAAAUUGAAUGGAAUGGAGAUGAUUUGCAAAUUCGUAGUGCUUUCGUUAAUAUUCCUUCUGGUAAUGUAAACUUUACACUAUCAAAAUUGUAGAUAAAUUUUUUAAAUUUAUAAAAAAAACUUCAAUUCAUAUUACAUACAAUAAAGUGAA